CUCUGACAAGAGGAGGUUUGAAACUAGAGACCCGAGUUCGCCAUGCUGACUCACGCAACGCUGUGUUUUACUCUGCAAUGUGCUGGGAUUGAUCCGAAAUGGUGCCCGUUUCGUCUCGCUCUUCUUGCGAUCUAUGCAUUUUGUGCAGGGUUUGUUGUGUUUGGGUUGGUGUGCAAUUGUUUUUCUCUCUGUUUUAGUUGUUGAUGCAAUUGAAACGGCUCAAAUCCUAAACGAAAGGCUUGAAAAGUAGUAGUUCAGAAAUAAAGACACAGCAGACACUUUCUCCGUAAGCAGAGAGAGAGAGAGAGGGAGAGACGGAGAGUAAUUCAAUAGUCUUGUCUCCUUUUCUUCAGUGAGAACGGAUCAGCCUCACUCAAAGGAAGUUUCUGAGAUGGAAGCAGCUCACAUCAGCCCAGAGCUUCCUAUUCGAUGGGUUGUUUCUGCAGACAGGACUCUUGAGAUCAAGGAGGAAGUGACUGAGCUGGGGUGUGACCAGGCCAAUGAGCGGAUCCUGCAGGAGGAAACGCCACCUUCUAGUAUCACUGAGAGAGAUACGGAUUUGAAAUUGGUAUGUCUUGGUAGAAGACAUGGAUCAGAAAUAGCAUCUUCUUACAUUAAAGAGGAGGCCUCAGAAACGGAACAUGUCCACAUUAAAGAGGAGCUUCCUGAAGCUGCCCAUAUUAAACCAGAAGCAAUCAAGCCUGGUGCUUUAUUAAAUGAAGGAGAGACAUCUCAUGACUUGUAUACUAAUGGAGAGGAUGGGGCUGAGCUGGGUUCCAUUCAGAGGAAACAUCACAUCUCCCAGCUGGAGGCUAUCCAAACACAUCCUUCAUCACAACAUGGACCAAGGUCACCUUCACCCCGUGGGACAACCAUGUUAGGAAAAAAUCUCCAGCAAAUUCACACAGGAGAUAAACCACACAACUGUACUGAAUGUGGAAAGAGCUUCACUCAUUUAGGGAACUUCAAACAACACCAGCGGUCUCACACAGGAGAGAAACCGCACCACUGUAUAGAUUGUGGGAGAAGUUUCACUUAUUUAGGAACCUUUAGACGACACCAGUGUGUUCACACAGGAGAGAAACGGUUUCACUGUACUGAAUGUGGAAACAGCUUCACUCGAUUAGGAAGCCUUAAACAACACCAGCUAAUUCACACAGGAGAGAAACCACACCAGUGUAAUGAAUGUGGAAAGAGCUUUAUUCGAUCAGGAAGACUUAAACAACACCAGCUAAUUCACACAGGAGAGAAGCCACACCACUGUACAACUUGUGGAAAGAGCUUCAUUGAAUUAGGGAGUCUUAAAAAACACCAGCGACUUCACACAGGAGAGAAAACACACAACUGCAAUGAAUGUGAGAAGAGUUUCUCUCAAAUAGGCAACCUCAAAAAACACCAGCGAAUUCACAACUGGUGGAAUUCCUUAAAAAACACCAGAACAUUUACGCAAGACAGAAGCCCUGUCGCUGAAGAGAUGAACGUGCUCAAAUCAAGUGAAAGUUCAUGAAUGCAAUAUUGUAAAAUAUAGAUAUUGUGAUGAAAACAAAAGGUGUACCAUAUGCUUCAGUACAUAAGUAUAUUUCAAACCAGUAAAUUACAUACAAAAAUUGUACCUAAAAUAUUAAUAUCAGUAUAAACAUGGUAUACUUUGAUAGGUUAAAACAUAGUAUGGCUGUGUGAAAAAAAAAUGUCUCAAGUUACACACUUGAUUUCAGAGUUAGUAUUUUUAAGAGAGUUUUUAUAUUCUGUUCUGAUUUUACAAAUGAAAAUGCAAAUGAUGUUUAAAAUCACAAACACCUUGAAAUUAAUUAAAAUAUCUUCAGCUUGUGUGGUGUAUCUAUGAGAAAGCAGUCUAGCCAAUCCAUGUAAAUUGCAUGUCUCAACUAAAAUAUGUAAGUCAUUAUAUAUACUGUAUUUAGAACAUGCUAUUAAAACAUGGUGUGAUAUGAUUAG